CGAAGAUGACGAAUAACAUCAACCUCAUUGGUUCUCUCGAGGAAGCAACCACUGCUCAAGGCCAGAGAGAGAGGCAAUCUUCGAGCGGGGGCCUCUUACGGGUGAGUCACCAUGUCCACAAACUCGGAAGCCACAAGCUCUACGCUCGCAACAGCAAGCAGCCGCGCGUCAUUCACUUCAGCAGUACUCGACGAAGCAGUGCCGCCUCUGCGCCUGACGCGGUCGAAGACUUGCUCUAUCCCGCUUCUGAAACGUGUUGCGCGUUGUUCAAGAAUAAGAGAAUGCAGCCCAUAGUUUUGGUCGUUUGCGCAGGCUUGUGCAUUCUGGCAGGUUUUUUGUUGGCAGCAGCGAUGCAAAGAAUAGUUCUGGUUAGCAACCAACUCAGCACAGCACAGCAGCAGCAGCUGCAUGCGCACAGCCGCCGGAUACAUCAAGGUAGUGACGAUGCAACUACUGCGGGAGCGUCCGUUAGUGCUUCUCCCACUGCUGCGUCGGCUUCUCGUUCUCCCGCCGCGGCAAGUAGCGGAAUUCCCGCCCCCGGUACGCCUCCUACUACUGGCGAUUCAGUGGAGCACCAAGUGCGCUCUCUGCCAUCUCACUCUCCAAAAGCUUACCAACCGAAAAUGUCUCCACCACCGAGUCCCUCUCCGAGCCCGGGGCCCCAGGGAAGUCCUCGACCUCGUGCACUCCAUGUGAACACGACAAAAGCGGCUAGAGGUAGCAGAAGUCCGUACCAAGUGCAGUACAGUCUCCAGCAUCAUGGGGGAAAAAACUCGCAUCAGGCCUUCUCGCAAUUCCUUUAUGCUAAUACGUAGCCAGAGCCAGUUCAAGAGAGAAAAACUAGUCUUUGACCGCGAGUAGCAGUAGGGUGGCACAGCGCCACGCUGAACCUAAAUCAAAAUAAGUAUAAGAAUGAUGACGUUCCUCCAUCUUCAUGAUGGGCAUGACGAGUUUCCAAUGUCACGGAUCAGAACUGUAAAAGAGGGUUGGGUUCAAAGAUGAUGAAGAUGAAAUAACUCAAGAAAAAAAGCGAGGUUACCUAUCGUCUUCUCUUCAUGAUUUGUCGGGUGGGAGCACCGGUUCGUAUGGCUUACCUGCAAGCGGAUCCCGCGCGAAGGGUGAAGCACCAGAUACUAGACGACCAUCACCCUCAUACUCGCCUGAGGAGCCCAACAGUCCAACUACUGCGACUGCAACGCGUCGUCCUCUCGACUUGCAACUGCGUGCGACGAUCGCGCUACAACCUCCCGGAAAAUUGGUGCGCGGCAAAAGCGAUCCGGUGGGAGGUCGCUUGAACAAUUUUUUGGCUACCUUUGGAGGCAAUGCAGAGAAUCCAACCUCCACAACGAGCACCGGGGCGUACGACAGUCUACGAGGAAGCGGUGAUGCAAGUGUCAGCGGGAGUGAACUGACUGCGGAAAGACCAUU